AGUCUACAGUCAAGUGCGUUCAAACUCACACGCCGUCCAUCACGAUGGAUUGGAUGUGUCGAGUCUGAUUUCUCUUGCGGUGUUCGCUCUACUGGAACCAUCGAGUGACGCUAUAAGUUACUAUUGAAUUAUGAUAUUCAGUGAUGAAAACUUUUAUAGUGCUCGUUUACAAAACAUUCCCUAUUUGUUCGCUAUCUCAUUUAAUGUGAACGGUGCUUACGUUUUGUUCCGCUGUUGUCACCGUUUGUGAUUUUCGAAACGGUCUGUGUAUCUUUAAUACGGCUUCAGUGACCGAAAUUUAGUUUAAAAGUAAACCGUGUAGGCGUUUACAUACGCCAAGUUCAUUAGUAACCUUUUACGUACGUAACAAUUGUUCAUCAAAUAUAAAUUUAUUCUUGGCGCGUAGCAUAUGCAUCCGGCGAUGUUUGCUUUCCAAGUGAUGGUUUUGAAGCGUGUGUUCUAUCGCGAACAGUGGCUCGAACCGCUCACUGCAGAUUGGUAGUUCGGUCCGCGCGUUAUCGCUAUGUUGUGGAAUAAUAAAAAGAAAAUCAUCGGUCAAUUAUCACUAUUUAGCUGAUAAGGUGAUUUGUGAAACCUAUGGAAUGCCAAAUUGCGUUAGUAGUGCAAUCGUUGUCGGUGCGAUGUGGUGAUUGUGUUUAGUGUUGUGCUAGCGAGUGUUGUAAAAGUGCUUUAAUAGUAUGUGGGGCGCUGCAGUGUCGAAUCCCCCGCACUACCAUUAUGUGCAAGGACCAAACAGUGCAGGACCUCAACGUGGUCCGGCUGGCCCUAUAUUGUCCGGCCCUAAUGUAAGGCAUUUGAGGCCACAGUCUUCGUAUUCUUUGCCUCAUGGUUCCAACGGAGCGAGCCGCUGGGGCUGGUCCGGAAGUCACGCGUCCUCAUUUGAUAGAAGACAAUUAAAGGUGCCACCACAGCCCGCACGGCCAGCUCCGUCAAGGCCGUCUCACAGCAGAAAUGCUGCUUCUUAUAAGGUCGACCCCGAGCUGAUCUUCACGAAGCAAGAGAAGAUCGGCAAGGGCUCCUUUGGUGAGGUUUUCAAGGGCGUCGACAACAGGACGCAGCAGGUCGUUGCCAUUAAGAUUAUUGAUCUCGAAGAGGCCGAAGAUGAGAUUGAAGACAUUCAACAGGAGAUCAUGGUGCUGUCACAGUGUGAUAGCCCUUACGUCACAAAAUAUUACGGAUCAUACUUGAAGGGAACAAAACUAUGGAUCAUAAUGGAAUACCUUGGCGGCGGAUCCGCGUUGGACCUGAUGAAAGCGGGCAGCUUCGAGGAGAUGCACAUUGCGGUAAUCCUGCGCGAAGUACUGCGCGGUCUCGACUAUCUACACUCCGAGAGGAAGCUGCACAGGGACAUCAAAGCUGCUAACGUCCUGCUUAGUGAAAUGGGCGAUGUCAAAUUGGCUGAUUUUGGCGUUGCGGGGCAGCUUACAAAUACAACAAGCAAACGCAACACUUUCGUGGGUACCCCAUUUUGGAUGGCGCCAGAGGUUAUAAAGCAGUCCUGCUACGACAGCAAGGCGGAUAUCUGGUCACUGGGCAUUACUGCAAUAGAACUCGCUAAGGGUGAACCCCCCAAUUCAGAGUUACAUCCGAUGAGAGUACUCUUCCUCAUACCCAAGAACAACCCACCGCAACUUACAGGAAGCUACUCUAAGCCUUUCAAAGAGUUUGUAGAGGCGUGUCUGAAUAAGGACCCGGAGAACAGACCGACGGCGAAGGAGUUACUAAAGUUCCAGUUCAUCAGGAAAGCCAAAAAGAAUUCGUAUCUAAUGGACCUGAUAGAUAGGUACAAAAAGUGGAAAGCUCAGCGGAGCGAGGAAAGUGAGACCGAGUCGGAGAAUUCUGAUUCUGAGGAGGGCAGCCGGGGUGACAACGAGGCAGACGAGCCAUGGAUUAUGACGGUCCGUGGCGGCUCCGGCGCGCGCUCUCUGCAGCCCGCCGCCGAGCGCCGCGACCUACGCGACCUGCGCGACCUGCGCGAGAGAGACAGAGACAACGUGCGAGACAGGGACACCGCGUGGGACAGAGAAAACGCGCGGGACCGAGACAACGUGCGAGACAGGGACAACGCGUGGGAGAGGGAUAACGCACGGGACCGAGACAACGCGCGAGACAGGGAUAACGCCUGGGAGAGGGAUAACGCGAGGGACAGAGACAACGUGCGAGACAGGGAUAACGCGUGGGACAGGGAUAACGCGCGGGACCGAGACACCGCGUGGGACAGAGAAAAUGAGCGAGAACACAGGCGCGACGAUACUGCGAUCCCGUCACCAACGUCGCUGUCGGUUCCAAAGCAAAAUGGUGCGUUAAGUACAAGAAAUGACGACACAGUGAGCGACGCCAAGCCCAUACCGCUCAACAAUAACGCGACGGACAAGCAACCGUCACGACAAUCACCAAUUGUGCAAACGCCCAUAGAACAAAGAAACACGAAGGAAAGGGAAAGAGAUAGGGGUGACAGAGAAGACAGAAAAGAGAGACAGGAACAUCAGGCGUCUAACCGCGAUGGCUUAGUCAAUAACAAGGCCGUUUCCCCUCUGGACCAUAGAGGAGCGAACAAUGAAGAGAACAAAGUAAAGCGGCAUGCGUAUCUCCAACAACUUAUCUAUCCAUUACUGAAUGAGGUGGUGCGCAAGCGGGGCGCGGGCAACGCGGCGUGCGCGGCCGCCGUGGAGGAGCUGCGCCGCGCCUUCGAGCUGGCCGAGCGCGCCGCGCCGCACCUCACGCGCGCCUUCGUGCAGCAGGUCGUACAGAGGGUGGCGAAACAAUCCCACCAACCUUCUACGCCUUCACACAACACUUCUCAGCAGUGGAUGACGUAGGGACCCAUAACGGAUCCGGAUGUAGAAACAUCGCAGAUGAAAUGGGGCUCCACCGUGCUCGCUUCUUCUACGCGGCUACGGCGGAACAACACGCUUAGACUGACAUCAGACAAAUUUACCCGAUAGAAAUAUCACAAAUAAAUAAAUAUAGAACAAAAAAGCAUGGAUACAUAAAAAUGUUAAAACCAAAAAUAAUAACGAUAAAAACAUCUCUUUUCAUGUAGAGAUAAACGAACGCCAAAUGACUGCAUUCAUCUUUCUACUUGUACUAUUUACCUUCAUGUAACAUAAAUGAUUCAUUAUUUUAUUGUCUGCGGUUGAAGUAUUCUCAUUGCUCCGAAUUCCUACGAAUUAUUCGUUAAUAAUUCAUGUCUUAACUUCGUUCCUAAUAUCUAAGAUUUCAUAAUAUUAUGACCAUUUUUGAAAUUAUUCUAAAACAAGUAACUUAGUGCUUUAACAACUAGUUAAUGGGCUUUAAGGCUAGCUACUGCUAGUGGCAGGUUUUUUCAUAGGAUGUUGUUUAUAAAAUUAGUAUAUAGUGUGCUCCUACUAAUCUAGUGACUAAUAAAAAUGGUCUUUAAGAUUAGCUACUCAAAUCGCAGGCUAUUUUCAUAGAACGUCAGUUUUAAAUUAAGUAUAAAGUGUUAUAAAAUUAAAUUGGUAAUGAAGUAUACACUGAUGUAAUCGAAUAUAAUCUUGGAAACUAAUCUACUUACGAGAAAGUAUUUUUACUUGAAAUACUGACUUUUUAACAUCUUUCAGUUACAUCACAACCAUGAUUUCAGAGUCGUGUCUCGUCCGUCAUAUGCGAGUUUAUGACGGGAUUAGUUAGCAUGACAGAUUUUAUUACGCCGCUAUUACACUGUAAAUGUGUUGCUUUACUAUAUUACUUACUUUUCUUCUUUGACUAUUGAUGUACAUAAAUAUUAUCUUUCUAAAUUAUAGGCAGGGACAAAACCUAAUAAUAUCACUUGUCCGUGUGAUCACAUGUAACUUUACCAUUUUGCGUUCGUUUUUUUUUAAUAACUUGUUUUUAUCGUAUAUUUUUGUGUUUGUAUUACUCGAGAAAUUAUUUCAAUGAUUUGUAUUAGGUUUAUAGACAAAAAAAAAUAUGAUCAAUCAGUCUGAGCGACACCGCCAUGUAGCUACGUUCGAGUCACAAAGUUGCAAUGCCAUAGUGUAAUAAAAUAUCACGUAAUAAUUACUUAAGAUGGUUAUGCCUUACAAUAUUUUAUAAUAUUUUGUGCAUUAUUUAUGUAAAUAUUCACUAUUUGAUUCCAUAAAUAGACAACAACGUUGAAAUAUUUCAUUCUUGGAACAUGCAGUAUUUUGGCGCGAGAACUUUAAAAAUAGGAACGUGCGUAGGUGACAGCACAUUUUUAUCGAUAUACGUCGGAUAUGUCGAAAAUCAUAUUAAUAUAAAAUGAUUUGUCGAAUUAUCAUCUUUGUGGAAUGAUUGAUAUAAUAUAAUAUCAGCGGUUUAAUUUAUCAGAUACAGUUAGUGAGUUAAUUUUUAAAUCCGUGGUUACCUGACAGUCAUUGUUAUUUAGAUAUCGAUUUGAUUUUAAUUAUCAUUUCUAAUUGUAUAAAAAAUCCCCAGUAGCUCAGGAGAUAAGCUCUCGUCUUAAAAUUUGAAUGGUACUCGAGCAAACCGAGUUCUUACCCCGCCGGCACCAAUUUAAUUGUAAUUAAAGAGUUGAUUAAAUCAUCUGCGAAAUAAAAAAUCACAUACAUCCCUCUAUAUAAAAAAUAGUUCGAAGUAAUGUGAAAUCUGCCAACACGCAUUGGGUCAGCGCUUCAAUAAUGAGAGAAGGCAUUGCCCAGCUGUGGGCCGAUUGGAAACACUUGCACUUACUUUUAUAGAAUGUUUUUGCGCACAAGUAACGCAUGUUCCAAGAAUUCUGGUAGCAUUGACUUAGUCUAGGAGCUACAUUCGCUUUCGCUAACGUAUUUUUAUGUCCUGUUUAGUUUUAAUGCAGAGUUGUUCUGUUCGAUUUUGUACUCCUCACAGUGUGUGUAAACCGAGCGGUCACGUGACCGCAUAUUUAUGUAUUCACCGUGAGUCACCUUUAUUAGUAUAAUUUACCAGCGUCUGUUUGUUGUGUUGUGUGCUCAGUUGUUUGCAACGGUAUAAUUGGAUAUUUUUGUAACUUAAAUAUUUGUGGAGAGCUAAUGUUGCUGUACUUCGCCAAUGUUUUGCCAUAAUUUUUCUAAAAUUAUUUUUUCUUUUACUAACACACGGUUUUAAUUCUUUUAUUUUUAGUUUAACGUCUGAUUGAUUUGUUGGCGGUUUUCUAAAUUCUAAUAUAUUUAUAAUUAUUUUAGAAAUUGGUGAAUGAAAUUUUGUAGCGUUUUUCUUUAGUGUCAUUCCAGACAAAAGACAAUAUUGUCGGCAUUUAUAGAAUAUUUGUUUUGUUGAAUUUGAACUUCUACUUGUUUCCGAUAUAAGCGAAACAGCCGUUCAGUGUCCAAUGGUAUAAUGUUGUUAUAAAUUUUAAUAGUUUAGUUUUUUGAAAGUUAGCUGUUAGUAUUUUGGUUAUUUGGUCGGUUUGAAAUGUACAUGUGACUAAUAUAUUCUAAAACAAUAAUAUAGAUGCAGUGUUGCAAACAUUACACCCUAAUCAUAAUAACAAACGUUUCAUAAAAUGAGAAGGUGAAAAUAGAUUAUUAUCUCUAGUAAUUUGUGAAUUAAAAAGUAUUCUGGCACCAACGACCAUUCGGUGUCCUUAUAAAUAGAAAAAAAAAACACAUGCUUAAUAUGCGACAAUAUUUAGCAAUUGGGGUUAUAUAGAGUAUAUAAAUAUGAAGACUAUAAAACAAUUAUUAUUGCUGUGUAAAAAUGUAAACCUAUAAUAUAAAUGUGUAAAUUGUGUAGUAUAAUAUAAAGAAAGCAGUUUUAUGAAGUGUUCAUAAGCGUCUGGAGGUUAGUCUUUCGAUAAUCUAUCUCCACGCGGUUCGGAGUGGAACCCAUAUUGUUUAUUACGUCUAGUUUUUAGUUCUCAGAAUUUCUAAGGUAGGCAAGUUCACUAAAUGCCUCUGAUGCGUAGUUAAUAAGUUGCGGUCAUGGGUGGAGCUAGGGGAGGAAAGCAAAGGGGCAAUAGUACUGUGAAAAGCAAUCAUAGAUAUUCUUUAAUUGUACUUUAUUUUCAACCUUGACCCUAGCUGCAUCCAAGACCAUUAUGGGUUUCGCUCCCGAAAUGUAUCGCGUUUGCCUUGUAAUUUUCUUUUGUUUUGCCAUGUGAACCACGCAUGGAAGAUGUUACGUUGAUUUCGAUGGAGAAUCAAGAAGUUAUUUUUCCACUUGAUGGGUAUUAUAUGGUAAUAAGAGCGUGUAGUGUUAGAGAUGGCGAUAAUUGUUGAUUAUUGAUUAAAUUUAGAUGUUUGUGGCAUUGGAAAGUAGUGGAGACACGUUUUGCGGGAGUCUGGGAACGUUGACAGUAGGGUAGCGCCUAGCACGUGCACGUUAAGUUGUGUUCUCAUGAGCCGAUUUAAAUUGGUCAACUUGAAUACGGUUACGAAUGGAUACUUGUGUACUUUUUUUUAAGGUUGAUCAAGUCGACUAAGUUUUACGAUAACGAAUGGUUCUCAACAUCGCCGCUGUUGAAAACUCUUAUUUCUUUUUAUAGUCGUAUAAAGUCCUUCAUUAAUAUAACAUGUAAGCACGGCUAAUAAAGGCCAUUUUGGAGCGAAUUACAAUAAUUGUUCUUGAUCACAUAGCAGACUGACAGACUCGCCUCAUGAGAACGCGGCGGUACUAAGUUUGCUGUUAAGUUCCUCGCACUCAAUAGCGGUACGUAGUUGUUACCUUCGAAUUUUGCAGAAUGUCCAAGAUGGCGUCGUUCGGUUCAUGGGUAUUUGUGAUCGUAUUAUAUAGUUAAUAAAUUUAAAUCUAUAUUAUUGUAAUUACAUAAAGAAAGAAGUUGGUAAUCGCAACCGUUUGUAUUUUGUAGUAUAGGUACGUGGUAUUUCACGCUUCACUUCAGAGAUUCGUACGUUUCAGUGCGAUAAUUAUUUCGUAAUCCAACCCGAUUGUUGUUAUAAAUAAGCUGCCGGAGCAAAGGAAAUAAAACGAUGCGGCCUACCACAUGACGCCGCACAUGUGCGAACUCAGUCGCGGCGCGCGAAGUAACACGUACAAAGCUGCAAAUAAUAAAAUUCACCGGCCCUCCACUCGUGCACCGACGUGAAAUAACAGCUCGGCGCGUAACAUUAGUGAAAUGGUCAAUUAAUGCUACGGCGUCCGUCAUUCUAACACGUUUAUGUAGAAAACAAAUUCGACUCUGAAAUAAAAGAAGUUAUUUAAUUUUGG